AUGAGUGACAAUUUUAAUCACGGAAUUAAAAAUAAACUUGCUGCGUUAUAUCAACAAGCUUUUCAACUUGCCAAACAAGCCGUCGAAGAAGAUCAUAAUGGAAAUAAAGAAAUAGCGAGGAAUUCUUAUUUAGAAGUGUUAAAGAUUUUUGAUUCAAUAAUAAAAAUUGAAUUAGAUCAAGAUGCGAAAAAGAUUUUAUCUAAAUAUCAAGAAUAUAGCACGCGUAUCAAACAAAUUGAUGCCGAAAUAAUUAGCCAAUUAUCAGAUCAAGCACAGUCAAUAUUAGACCUGGCCGUAAUAGAAGAUGAAAAAAAGAAUUAUCAAGAGGCAUUGGACUUAUACUUUGAGGCAGUACAAUUACUUUUAGAUAUUCGUCGAAAGAGUAAAGAUCAAGAAUCAAAAUCAGAAUUAUCUAAUAAAAUAAAUUAUUUAUUAAAAAGAGCAGAAGAUUUAAAAGGAUUACCAAAAAAAACUAUGGCAUUACUAAAUAAUCCAGGAAAAGGAAGAUUAUCAUUUUAUUCACCUGGAUCAGGAUUAAAAAAAGAAGAAAUUGAAAUUUUGAAAAAUAAUUCAGUAAUAAAUGCAGUGUUUGGUGAAUGGAAGCGUCCUUCAGAGAUAAUGAAACAACCUAGAAUGAUUGUAACAAUUUCAAGUGAAACAAUUAAACAAGAUAUGGUUGAUGAUUGUUCAUUUGUUGCAUCUCUAUGUGUUAGUGCUGAAUAUGAAAGAAGAUUUCAGAAACAGGUGGUUACUGGUUGUAUUUAUCCUCAAGAUGAUAAAGGUCAACCAAUUUAUAAUCCUAUCAUAGAUGAUUUACUCCCAAUCUCAAAUAAUGGUAAACCUUUGUAUACUUAUUCCAAAGGUAACGAUGAAUUAUGGCCAUGUAUCAUUGAAAAGGCUUACAUGAAGUUGAUGGGUGGAUAUGAUUUUUUGGGAUCGUUUGAAACGAUCUUUAGUGAUGCACUCACAGGAUGGAUACCUGAAAUAUUUUUGAUUGAAGAUGAGGAAUUUGAAAAAGAGCACACAUGGAAUAAAUUAUUAAAUGGACAAAGAAAUGGUCAUGCAUUGGUUACAAUAGCUACUGGUAAAGAAGAAUCAAAACUUAUAUGUGUUGGACUUUUUACUGCACAUUGUUAUGCAGUUUUAGACGUGCAAGAAAUUGGUGGAUUAAGACUAUUACGGGUGAAAAAUCCUUGGCAUAGUCAAAGAUGGAAUGGAAACUUUAGUCAUUUGGAUGGUGUAAAUUGGACUCCUUAUUUGAUGAAUAUACUGAAUUAUAAUCGUGCUAAAGCAAUCAAUGAUGAUGAUGGAAUCUUUUGGAUUGAUUAUGAUUCUGUAUGCACAUAUUUUGAUACUAUUUAUAUGAAUUGGGAUCCUAAUCUUUUUGAUCAUAAAUAUGUUAUACACUAUUUAAGAGUUGACAACAAAAAUAACAAACCUUCUGCUGUUUGUAUACUACUUUCGAAACAUAUAAAGGUCACCGAAGAAGAUGAGCGAUAUAUCACAUUUCAUUUGUUUAAUAAUACAAACGGGAAAAAAGUUUAUUAUCCUACUAAUCCACUCAAAAAGGUCAGAUUUGAUGCGCCAAAAGGUAAAAGCAAAUACACAGUUGUUGUAGGUCUAAAAGAUAAGUCGAAACCGCUGGAUUUUACUUUAAGGUGUUAUAGUGAAUCAUCAAUUAUAUUAAACGAAAUACCUAAACAAUACCCUAUCGAGUAUAAAAAAAAUGAUCAAUGGACGUCACAAACAGCAGGAGGUAAUCCGGGUAUCCCUACUUAUUUAAAUAAUCCACAAUAUCAAUCACAUGAUUUGUUUAUGAUACAGGUUGAAAUGAUUUGGAAUAAAGGCAAAAGAGUUACCAAUUAUUCUCUUAAAGAUAUUUUAGUGAAAUCUCAUGGUUACCGUCAAGGAUUUUGUUAUUGUGAAGUAGAUGAUGUGAAAUAUGGAGAUUAUACGAUUGUAGUUUCAGCAUAUACACCUAAUGAUAUUGGUGAAUUUACAUUGACUGUUGCAUCUAAUGUUGAAUUUAAAGUUACCUCCAUACCAAACGAAGGAGCAGGAUUAUUUAAGGAAGUUAUUAAAGGACAAUGGAUUAGACUUCAAACUACCAACGUUACACCAAUACCUUCAAUAAACAUUAAAAUAUUUGAACAACGAGGUAAUAAUUUGUUUAGUAAAGAAGUUGCGACUUCAGGUGACUAUAUAGAUUCUCCACAGGGAGUUUGUACAGAUGAAAUCACUUUGCCACCAUAUAGUGAUGGAUACGUUGUUGUUUUUUCUACUUGGGAUAAAAAUAUUUCAUGUCAAUUUAUUGCUUAUUUUUAUACUGAUAGAAAUGUCACAAUUAAUGAAAUUAUAAAAAUUUAA